CAUUUGUGGCACUAAUUCACUGAAUGAGUGAAUGACUCGACAUUUGAUUCAAUAUUAGACACACCACCAGAUCCAGUGACAGAGUGACAGUUCAGUCAUACAGUCCGGUGUUACUCAACCAAUGCUAGCAUUCAUUGCAAUCAUUUGCAUCUAAUUUGACACUAAAAUGACGAUUGAUUUCAGGGAUUACUUCUGGGGCUCGAAGCACUCCGGGUUUGACGUGUUAUACCAGAACAUGAAGGCCAACCAUUUGGCGACCAAAGAGUUGACUGAAUUCAUCCGCGAGAGAUCACUCAUCGAAGAGACUAAUUGCAAGCUUUUGGUGAAACUGUCAAAACAGGCCAAUAAUAACACUUCCAUUCAUGGCACAUUUUUACCGCUUUGGAAAAUAUUGAAGUCUUCGGCUGAGAAGUUGUCAUCACUUCACAUGCAAAUG